AAAGAGAAUGUUUUCAGUGAUAAAGAUUUAUUAUCAAAGAUCAACAAAGAAGUUCUUAAAUUUCGCAAAAGGAGCAUAAAAGCUGCUUUCUCACCCGGAACGAAUGAAGAGCAAAAACAUAACUUAAUUGCUAAUUUUAUCUUGGAUAUAGAGGGUGCAAGUUUGUUCUACAUGCUAGCCAAACAGCUGUUUGAUUCGUACCUCGAAUGUGUGAAAAACCAACAUAAGAACGAGGACCCGCAAUCGAGAAAUAUUGAGAUAGAUAGAAUGGACCACCUAACGUCAGAAACACUUAUCCUUAUUCUUCUUGUAAUACAAAACUUUGCGGAGUUUCAUGAACAGUUUUGCGUGACAUGUGUUAAGACAACUGAAGUUGUUUCGCUUUGCCUGAUUCAAAGUCGGCAAGUUGAAGACGUGUUUAUGACUACACAGGCUGAGGGAAGCGGAAGGCCUGUACGAGCUAUACGAAUUCUAGGAUGUUGCUUCAACAUUCUGUACAACUUGGCCAGAAAAACUGAAUUAGUCCAAGCCAAAGUCGACUUUGAAGGGAAAGAAACUUUAGUUUAUUUCGCAAAAUCCGACAUCGCCAUCGUGUCCCCUCUUGCUCUUCUUAGCUUAGCUUACGUUGUCGACGAAGAGAGCAAUAAUCUAAUUCUUGCUGCUGAAGAAAUUUUGGGAUCUCUGACGUCACUUUUGCAAAAGGCUCUUGAGUCAGGGCGUAGGAAAUUCGAUGGAUUCUCAACUAAAGAGRUGUCUGAAGGACUCAGUCGUCUCGCAAUGAAUGAUACCAACAAGAGAGUUCUGGGUGAAAAGGGUGUGAUAUCAGUUCUCGUUUCUAUAAUCAAGACUUCAAAUGACAAUAGCGAGAAAGCUAGUGCAGUCAAUGCUCUUUGGGUGUUAGCUUUUGAUGAGGACAUUAAGAAAACCAUCACUCAAGAUAAUGAAACCUUAACUAUUCUGCGGGGACUUCAGCAGAGUGAUGACUCUGAAGUACAAAAAGCUGCAGCAGGUGCAUUGUGGGAACUCGAAGGAAAAACUGCCAGGAAUUCGGAGAUGACAAAGGCCACCGGAAAUCACGUGAUGAUCAGCUACCAAUGGGAUUCUCAGGAAGUUCUGAUUGAAAUGAAAAACAAGCUUCAAGCAAGCGGAUACAGAGUUUGGAUGGACUUAGAGCAAAUGGGAGGAUCGACGCUAGAGGCAAUGGCUAAAGCUGUAGAGAAUUCGUCUGUGGUUCUUGUAUGUGUAUCACAUCAAUACAAGGAAAGUCCGAAUUGCCGUUCAGAGGCAGAAUAUGCAUAUCAGCUGCGGAAAGACAUCAUUCCUUUGAUGAUGCAACAGAACUAUAAACCAGACGGUUGGCUGGGAAUGAUUGUAGGAACAAAACUUUGGAUUGACCUACGAAACAGUUUUAAUGUAGAGACGGCAACUGGAAAACUGAUGAAAGAGUUAGGUGACAGAGGACGAGAGAAUCAAGGAAAUCACUUCAAUGAUGAACACSAYAAGCCUGUAGAAAAAGAKCAAGACUUAGAAAUCACCUCUGAAUUAUCUGGAGUAGCAAAAUGGACGGCAAAUGAGGUAAAAGGCUGGCUGGAAGACAUUGGUCUGGAUGAGYUUUGCAAAGCUGUMUUACCYAAAUUAAAUGGACAGGCAUUGAUUCAUCUUUACGCACUUCGUGAUGAAUGUCCAGAUUAUUUUUACAGAUGUCUGGAAACGAAUCUUAACUUGCGCGAUAUGUUUGAUGUAUUUAAAUUCAGAGAAGAACUUAGUAAGUUAAUGAAAGAAUGAAGCAGAUGAAACAAUCCCAGAGAUUUAUUCUAGACAAUUUGCUUGAAACCAUCUAAUAUGGACUUAUAGCAACCUAAUAGCAACCUAAUAUUAAAAAAAAACUGUCAGGCGGAAUUUUUAAUUUAAAAGGGAAUUUUCAUAUAAAAACCAGUGAAGCCUAAAAUUUCGAAGUAGGUCUUUAAUAUAAAAUUUAGCACCCUUUAUGUUAGAGUGCUUUUUUCACUGUGUCCAUACGUUAUGAUAUCAAUAGUUACAACCUAACAGUUUCCAUUUAACAGCACUCUUUCUUACCAAAAAUUAAGAAUCCUAGAAAGCCUGAUUUCAUAAGAACCUGUUUAAACUUACUUGGAAAAUAAUUAUUAGUUCUUACAAAAUAGACGCGGGGCUUUACUGUAAUAUUCACUGUUGAGUCCCAAAUUAUAUUCAUCUGCAAGACAAUAUAUUAUCUAAUCAGUUGUAGAUCAAUGGAUUUAUAAAUAGAUAAAUCAACUAUUGAAUUACUUUUAAA